CUUCCUUCCCCCACCAUGGCUACCGCAAAUGCAAACGCAAACACUGCCGCCGCCCCCCGCCAGGACGCGCUGGUGUCCGUGCUGACGCGCGCCUUGCAGGACAAGCAGCGCGAGGUCGACGAGCUCCAGGAGCGGCUUCGUGCUGUCGACGGCAACGUCGACUCUCAGCAGCCACGCGAACUUCAAGUUGGAGACCAGUACCCUCCGCCAGCGAUGGCCGCGGAUGAAGUCGCGGCACCUGAGCCUGCUGAGGCCCGCGAGGAGGAGUCGGGCACGCAGCGAUCCUCCGGCUCCCCCACGCCCUCCGCCGCAAGCGCCGCCAACGACGACAUGCGCGAGGACACCGUCUACCAUACUGUGCGUCAUCACGCGCUGACCACUGGCCCAUACGACCCGCGCGCGGACUCCGAGCCGCCCUACGGCGGGCUGCCCCCGCUGACGACUCGCCGGACGCUCGGGCCGUACCCGUCCCCGUUCGCCUACUACCCCUCGGCUCACCCCGUUCCCGCUGUCGAUGGACAGCGGCCCGGAACCGGUGCCUGA